AUGGCAGCAUCCACCUAUUUAUUUUUACAACUAGAGAAAUAGAAUACUUAGUAGACAAUAAAGUUGCUCUUAAACUCAAUAAAAUUUCUUGAAUGCUCUACAAAACUGUUUGAAAAGAUGCAAAGAGGAAAAGUUUACAUAAUUCACAUCCAUUCAUCAAUAAUUUUAUAACCCAAAAUUUCUGAAACUCCAAAAGCCUAAAAACUUUCCCUGAAUGGAAGAAUAAAUUGAUAAAUAUAUCAACAAUUCCUACAUCAAUUUAUCAAGUACUACAAAUAAAAAGUAAUAAUGGAGAUUCUUUGAAUGAAUUUUGAAAAGAGAGGUGCAUUUAUAAAAGACAAACCUAAUGAG